ACAGCAGGAACAGAUUGAGUGAGAUCGUGAUUUUUUAACCUUAUCAAGAGUUUUCAGUCCUGUUUUCAAAACGGGCUUCUGUUUCAUUCCAGAGAAGCCGUGUCCUCGUUUCUGUAUGAAUGUUCCAAGUUUAUUUCAUUUUGCAUUCUUGCUGAGAGGGGUGCAAACACCAUCAUGGACACGGUGGAUUUUGAGGAAGCAGCAGCUCUCUCUGCCCAGCCUUCCCUUGCUUCAGGCAGCAAGAAAAAGGAACUCUUUGAAUCUCCUUGAACUAAGUGAGGCAGAAUUAGAAGAACAGUUUGUAAGAGGUGAUGGUCCAGGAGGUCAAGCCACAAAUAAGACAAACAACUGUGUUGUCCUGAAGCAUAUUCCAUCUGGGAUUGUAGUGAAGUGUCAUCAGACAAGAUCAGUGGAGAAGAACCGAAAGAUUGCCAGAGAAAUCCUUCAGGAAAAAGUUGACCUUUUCUACAAAGGUGAAGACAGUGAUGUUUUUAAAGAGAAGAAAGCAGUAGAGAAGCAAAAGCAGGAGAAAAAAAGAAGAGCAAAGGAAAACCUAGAAAGGAAAAAGCUUUUCAAAGAGAUGCAGCAAUUGGAUAAGGAAUAAACAUGUGAAAUACUGACUUGCCCUAGCAGGGUAAGAGAAUUGUUUGUCAUUAGACCCAAAGAGUUUUCCAACUAACAAAUGGUGCAGGGCUUCAUACGCACAGCUGAAACCCCAGUGCUGACCUGCUGUUCCUGUAAAGCUGAGGAGAUAAAAGCACUCAUGUACUCCUGCUUCUCCCUGCCAUCAUCUCAUUAAUCACAUUUAGCAAUCAGUUUUGCUGCCAAGUUCAGGAGAUAAAAGAAUCCUUGUUAAAGAGGAGCUAUAAGCUUUCCACCAUUGUUAGCACAGACCAAAAAAAAAAUCAAUAUAUUUCCUUCUCUGCUGGUGACACCUUGGGCUGCUUCAUGGGAGCUCCAGCAUGUGAGAACAGCACUAAAAAGUUCUCAGUUCCCAUCCUUACUGAGGCAUAGUGAGUGCCUGGAGUGACACAAAUCCUCCACAAACUGUGCCCCGGUUUGGAUGCUGGUUGUGAUGGUGUGAACUGAGCUGCUGAUGGAAGAGGCACCAGUCACUGGUUCAGAUCUGUCAGCUGAACAAAUGCUCUGUCCUACUCAGCUCUGAAUAAAGUUUAACCAGCAGCUUUCCAGACCUUACCUGGAGUGGUGCUGAGCACUGGGGCACAGGGAGGGCCCUCCAGUUCAUGGGUAAAACUGAGUCAUUACAGAUAAAAAUGGCCUGUGUUGGAAGCUGCCUCCCAAGGCAACAGAGUCCAGUUCAUCCAAGCUGUGAAUUAAUUAAUUAGAGUUGUUUAUUAUGUUUAUGCUGUGCCUCAGUUCAGCUCGGCCAUGUUGGUACCUUCACUCAUUUUGACAGUUUCCCAUUUUACAGGAACAAAUGCAGAUGCUUUUCCUUUAUCACCAUUACUCCAAAGCCACUCCUCAAGUACAUCUUUCCUGGUUUUAUCCUGUUAACAACUCCAGCAGCUUAACCAGAACUUCUCUUCCGUUUUUGGACAGCACCCUCACCAGUUGCCACCAUGUUUUGGCCUUCAACAAAGACCCAAAGCCAGAGUAUGGAUUUUGAAGGCAACAGAGACUUCUUGAACUUUACCUCCUUGUCCAGCUGUACCCUGUGCCAUGGAUGGAGUGCUCCAGUAAUCUGAAGUCCCCUUCCCUUGUCCUUUCCUAAACUUUUAUCUGUUGACAGUUCUUGCUCCUGGAGUGUGAUUAAAGUGACUGUACAUAGUUUUAAUACAAACUGUUAAUGAAAAUAAGCUUUAUUACGUCAAGUAAUAAAUACAUACAAAGAUGCAAAUAACAGUUUUAGUAAUUUAUCCAGAAUGUUCUUUUUUUUUUCUUUUUUUCUUUUUUGCAAACUUUAAACUGAAAUCUCCAGCCUUAAUGUAGAAAUUAGCUUUCUGGGAUCUUGUUAUUAUUUAAUAGGUUUCCCUAUUUUCCAUAUAGCUCAUGCACUUUAAGUGGACUUCAAAGCACUAACAGUCAUGCAAAUGUUUAUGCAAAAUGAACAAAAAAAAGGAAAAAUAAGAGAAGGGGGAGGUUAUUUCUAAGCAGGGUCUAUGCUGUAUGACAAAUUGUGACUUAGCAGACUACUAGGUACAGCAUGCUAUUCUGCAUUUAUUAAAAAAAAUCCUUAGAGCUUAUGUCAAACUUUGAAAGAUUGACAUUUUGGGGAUAAGUGAACAUAGUCAAAGGAAAAAAAAAACAGAAUGAGGCUGUGGCUGG